AUGGAAACUAGUCCAGCGGAUCUCUUUCUCUUUUUACUCUCGGCAGGAUCAACUGUAACUGCACCAUUCAGCACUAAUGCUCCGCGAGGCACUCUUGGAGGAGAAGCAAUCUUUGACGGAGAAGAAUUUUCUGGCUCUAUUAAAUUCUAUCAACUGACGACGGAUGAUGACAACAUCUCGGUGUCGGCUAAAAUCGAUAUAGAUUUCUCUGAUGCCAAUGCAAUCUAUGAUUUAUACGUAUUACAUAAAGAAGGUUGCAAUCCUGAAGACGCCUACAACUAUGAAGAUAACCAUGAAGAAGAAAACGAGUAUGCUUGCUACAGACAGAAAUACCGACAACUUAAUUCACGUAAAAGACAAGCAAGUAAAGCGCAGUCUGAGACUACGAUUAUUUACAAGAGACGUCGAAUGACUAUUAGAUUCCAAAGUUCGGAAACAGAUAUGGAAAAUAGCUUCAACUCUGGUGUGUUGACACCUCCACUCGAUGGUGCAUUAUUAAACAAAAGCGAUCUCCUCGAAUUAUGCUUUAAUCCAAAAGAUAUCAUGUUUGAUUUGACACCGUAUGUGUUCGCAUACUUGUCAAAGGGUAUUAAAAUCGUACCUCUCCCUGUGCUGCAUUUGAAUAAUGUUCUCAACCGAGACAUUGUAAUCAAAAAGAAUGGGAAAGUAAUUGCAAGAACGACCAUUUUGAAAGUAUUUAAUUAA